AAUUAUCUGCAAAAUUAAUGUUCAGGCAUUGCUCUGAUGGUAGUCAUCAGAGACAGUGAUAUAUUUGAAAUACAUUACCAUAAAAGUUUGAAGAUUUUUCAUAUUUGUAUCCAGGUAUUGAACUUUUCAUGUAGUUCGUUUAGUCAGUUCUGAACCUUGGUCACAUUGAGUCAAACGGAAAAAAAUGUUGUUAUUUGUGUACUUAAUAUUUUGCUCUGGAUUAAUUGUAUCUCAAUGCAGAUUAACAACUGAAGAUGGUUGCAAUCUUCCGGCAAAAGGUAAUUCAAAGUUCCCAUCAAACUUCAGCUUUGGCGUAGCAACUGCUGCAUAUCAGAUUGAAGGUGGAUGGAAUGCCGAUGGCAAAGGGCUGUCACUCUGGGAUGACUUUACUCAUAAUUAUCCACAUAUGAUUGAUGAUAAAACGACUGGUGACGUAGCGGCAGAUUCAUAUCAUCGUUUUGAUCAGGAUUUGGCGGCAUUAAAAGAACUUAAGGUCACUCACUAUCGUUUCUCAAUUUCAUGGUCAAGAAUUUUUCCAAAUGGCGAUAUUUCCUCAAGAAACCAAUACGGAAUUGACUACUACAAUAAUGUUAUCGAUAAACUUGAGGCAAACGAUAUUCAGCCCAUAGUUACAAUGGUCCAUUUCGAUUUGCCUUAUGAGAUUCAGAAAAUUGGAGGCUUUGCUAAUCCAUUGUUUAUCAAUCAAUUUGUAACUUAUGCAAUCGAAUUGUUUAAUAACUAUGGAGAUCGGGUGAAAACUUGGAUAACUUUUAAUGAACCUUUACUCUAUUGUAAAUCUGGCUAUGGUGAAGCAAACUAUCCGCCACAAAUUCACGGUGCUGGAUUAAUUGACUACAUUUGCGUAGACAACACCCUAAAGGCACACGCUGCCGCUUAUCGUGUUUACAAAUCGAAAUUUUUUAACACUCAAGGUGGAAAAAUAGGAAUAUCACUCGACAGCCAAUUUUCAAUAUCAAAUGAUACCGCCUUAACCCAUCGAGCUAUGCAAUAUAAUUUAGGUUUCCUGGCUCAUCCGUUGUUUAGUAAAUCCGGUGGCUAUCCAGAGGUAAUGGUGGAAGAAAUCAGACGGAACAGUUUGAAGGAAGGAAGAAUUACAUCUCGACUUCCGGACUUAGAUGGCAAAUGGAAACAUAUUAUAAAAGGUUCUGCUGAUUUUCUUGCUAUCAAUUAUUAUACCAGCAGAUAUAUUAGUCGUGCGGAAAAACCUAUUGGUGAGAAUCCAUCCUUCGAGAGGGACUAUGAUUUAGACGAAUCUAUUGACCCGAAAUGGAAGCGAGGAUUGUCCCGUUGGUUGUAUUGUGUUCCUGAGGGACUUGAAAGUAUUCUAAAGUUUAUUCGUGAUGAAUACGACAAUGUGGAAGUCAUAGUGACAGAAAAUGGAUGGUCUGAUAAAGGAGAUCUGGAAGAUAUAGAGCGAAUACAGUAUUUGAAGAGCCAUUUGCAAGCUGUUUUAAAUGCUAUUAACGAUGGUUGCAAUGUAAGAGGUUACAUGUAUUGGAGUCUAAUCGAUAACUUUGAAUGGCAAAGAGGUUAUACGGUAAAAUUCGGUCUGUAUUCAGUGAAUAUGACGAGCCCAACUAAGGAACGAACCGCAAGAAAUUCUGUAGGCUACUACAGAAAAGUCAUUGAAACCCACCUAUUAAGCUGAAUAUUCCUUCUUUAUAUAAAAUAAAUAUUUUUUGUUUUGUUUUUGCGAGUUAUAAGUACAUCUUAAGUUCCUUGUACAUUUUCAUUACCUUCAAUUAAUAAAACCUAAUCCAACAUUAGGCUUAACUGGUAAGAAGUUUAAAAUUCUUUAAGAAAUGAAUACGUUUAAUUUCGAAAACACAUUUCUUAAAAAUACAAAUUUUAAGAACAAAUUUUUUAAGCGAGUGAUAUUUAUAAAUAACUUUAUAUUGUUUUUCGUGAAAAGAAUUAAAGUAUUCAAAUUUUAAAUGAGUGUAAUUAUUUAUUAUUUAUAUCCAG